UUUCUGCAGCUGGAAGACUGUUAAGUGGACUUUGCAACGAAGCGAGGGGACCCACGCGUGGAUUUGUGUACAUGCUCCUGCAAGAACCUCCCAGCAUGAGUGCAGGACAGAUAUACGAGAAGAAGAUCGCUGGUAUUUUGACUGAACUACCCGGAUCUAUGAGUUGCCAUCCAACCUCCAAGGACUCCCCGACUCUCCCGGAGUCCUCCGUGACGGACAUGGGCUACUACAGCGCAGGACAGACGGCCCACGGCCAUCACGAAUAUUACCAGGGCCAAGCCUACGGACAGUCCAUGAACUCUUACCACCACCAGUUUAACCUGAACGGAAUGGGAGCUGCUGGAGUCUACGCCACUAAAUCAGAGUACCCUUACACGAACAGCUACAGACCGUACGGACAUUACAACAGAGACCACCUGCAGGCGUCACCCCCCAACUCGGUAAAAGAGGAACCAGAGCCAGAGGUUCGCAUGGUGAACGGUAAACCCAAAAAGAUCCGCAAACCCAGGACCAUUUACUCCAGCUACCAGCUCGCUGCUCUGCAGAGACGCUUCCAGAAAGCCCAGUACCUCGCCCUGCCCGAGAGAGCCGAACUUGCGGCCCAACUAGGCCUGACCCAAACACAGGUGAAAAUUUGGUUCCAGAACCGGAGAUCCAAGUUCAAGAAGCUGUACAAAAACGGCGAGGUCCCGCUGGAUCACAGCCCAAACGCCAGCGACUCCAUGGCCUGCAAUUCCCCGCCUUCCCCGGCCGUGUGGGACAACACUACCCCCCAGAACACCCCCCUCAGCAGGCCUCAAGUGCCUCCACCUACGCACAGCUCGUCGCCGCCUUACAUGGACGAUUACAGCAACCACUGGUACCAGCAGGGACCCCACCUACAGCACCCGGGCACCGUGCACCACCCUGUCCCGCCACAGAGCGUGGGUGCUGUUUAUUAACAAAGACUCAUUUUUUUUGUUUUGUUUUAAAAACGACCCUCUUGUCCACAAUGGCUGUGCAUUGAAAAAGUUUGGACGGGGCCUGAAAAGAUCCAGACCAGAACUGGGUUUUCCAUUGACACAUAAGGGAUUUUUCAUCACUUGUGAUAUUUAAAGAAUAUCUGGCGUGUUUUUUUUUUUAAUAAUUAUUUAUCAUCUCUGUUGUAUUCCUUUUUUUGUAAAUUUUGUAUACAGUACCCACACUAAAUAAUGACACGGUUUUUACACGCUAUACAUUCAAAUAAUAAUAAUAAUAAUAAUAAUAAUCCAUGUUGUAGAAGAAAACUCAGGUCAUAUUUAUAAGGAUUUGUACAAAACGUCGAAGGUUGUAAAUAUAUGUUUAUAUAGAACCACAAUUAUGAUCAGAUUUGUUUGAACGACUCCUCCAUGCAGGAGUCAUUUUAUAUUCCUGUAAUUAGUCCACUCCUUGUGGACACUCAAUGUGCAUUGAAUAAAGGAGUUAAUUGCA